UCAAAUUAAUUAAAUUCGGACUCUGGAUAACAUAUUUAGAUGGAGGAGCGGAUACUGAUGAUAAUAUCAACUCCUUGGAUAAUAUUUAGUUCUCUGCUUAGUAUAGUAGUAAUCCUUGCUAUACUAAUAAACAGGAAACUUAACAAACCCAGGCAUAUAUUCCAGGCACUCAGCCUUAUAUCCUCACUUUUCAGUGUGUGUGUCGGUCUGUACGGGAUAUGUUUUGGAUUCACCAGUUCAAGAAUUAUACCCUACUGCCCUAGAUCAGUUUUUUACACUUUGAUCUUCAAUCGAUACCUCCUCCUACUUUCGGAUAUAUUACCAAGCUUGGACAGAUUUAUUGCUAUUAUAUCUCCACUGCAGUACCACAUACACGCUUCACCGGGCAAAGCUAGGUUUAUCUGUUUCUUUGCAUUAGCCCUCUCCAUCAUGCUCGCUACCAUCGGUAAUAUUCUUACUUUUAUUAAAUAUCUCAUACAAUGGUUUAAACUANAAAACCUUGGGUUGGAUGCUAUGGAUCAUUUCUACCUAAUCUCAACACAGCAGUUUAUCUACUUCCUAACUCUACCAUUCGCUUGUCUGUUGGCGAUCUGUUUUACUGCAGACACGGUUGCUCUUCUGGUUGCUCUGACCCAUAGCAGACGACGGGGUCAACAUACAGAUGAUAAUACACACUCCUCCGAUAGUAGACGUAAACAUGCAACUUCUCAGACAACUGUUACCCCAGAGAAACGUGUACUCGUAGUUUCUAAGGAAAAGGAAAAUGGAGGGAAAACAGAACCCGCCGUUAACUUAACAAUAGUUGAUUCUAGCAGCAUAAGUGAUCUGAAGAUAAGCCUGAAAUGUUUGGCCUUAUCUCUUUGGUUUUUCAUCUCACAACUUUGCACUUAUACACCUGGAGUCUUGUACUUUGGGUGUGGAGACAACCUGGACAAAAUUCUAACCUACGAAGACGAAACCAGUUUUCAAGAAAAGUAUUUUUUAUUAUUUUUUCAUCCAUUUCUAACACAGAGUGUUAGAAAUGGGCCAAGA